AUGUCUUUCUUCUCCAGGAAGAAGCAUCAACAGCAACAGCCAAGCCAGGCCCCCUCCACCGUCACCGUCGCGCAGACACCGAGCCAGGCAUUGGCCCAGCUUAAACAACCUUCCGGUAGCAUUGGCGGGAGUAAUGACGGCCACGCUAUGGGCAGUCUGAAGAACGAGAGCCCGUUGGAUUCUGCCAGCAAUUUCCAACGCCCCUCUCCCACCGCACAAUCACAGCGAACAGCAAGUCCCCAGCAGCAACAGCUAGCCACGACUCCGCCGUCACACCAGUCGGUUGGAAAUCCAAUGGCCCAGCAGCAACAGCAAGCGCCACAGCAACCGCCCCAGCAAUCUCAGCGACCGGGCUACCCUUGGGCAGUAAAGCGCCUCAGCCUCCUCCCACCCGCUGUUCUCCCCAAGCCAGGCGCCGUACCACCCUCCUCACCGUCGCCGUCACCUUUCCCACGGUAUGGCCACGCCCUGCCCGCCAGCCCUACCGUUGGAGGCGAGCUCUACCUGUUCGGAGGUCUGGUCAGAGAAUCAGCAAGGAACGACCUAUAUGUCAUUCACACCAAGGACAACACUGCCCAGUUGGUUCAAACUGCCGGCGAGCCUCCGAGCCCGCGAGUAGGGCACGCCUGUGCUCUCGUGAGCCAGGUAUUGAUUGUGUGGGGAGGGGACACGAAGAUGGACACUUCGAUGUCUGGCCCAGCUGGGCGAAUGCCUGGACGACCUGGAGACAAGUUGGAUGAUGCACUGUAUCUACUCAACAUUUCUAUCAAAGAGUGGACCAAGGUUGUGGCAGGUCCAGGACCAAUAGGACGGUACGGACAUGCUGUGACUAUGGUUGGCUCCAGGUUCUUCGUGUUCGGCGGUCAGAUUGACGGCGAAUUUUUCAACGAUUUUUUUGGCGGCACUGAUGGAUCGUAUCACUACAAUGAUACAUGGGCCUUUGAUCUUAAGACUUGCAGGUGGACAGAACUCCAAUGCAUUGGGUUCAUUCCGUCCCCGAGAGAGGGACAUGCCGCUGCAUUGGUUGAUGACGUCAUCUACAUAUUCGGUGGAAGGGGUGUCGAUGGCAAGGAUCUGAACGAUUUGGCUGCCUUCAAAAUUUCCAAUCAACGAUGGUACAUGUUCCAAAACAUGGGCCCCUCGCCCAGCGGUCGAUCUGGCCAUGCCAUGGCCUCACAAGGAAGUCGGGUGUGGGUUCUUGGAGGCGAGAGUUUUACUCCUUCCGUGAACGAAGACCCAAAUAGCUUCCACGUCCUGGACACAAAGCAUAUCCGGUAUCCUGAUCCAAAUCGAGGACCACCGCCCCCAGCCACUGUACCGCCUGCCAACCAAAACACUGCUAGGAAACCAUCGCUGACCGGUUUGGCGGGUAACGGACCUUCACCCGCCCAGCAAGUUGCGCAAAACGCAAGUACAGCCGUGAAUGGCCAGCGCUCCAUGUCACCUGCGAUGGAGAGAGAAAGUAUGGAAGACCCUCGUCGCGCCGUUUCUCCUCCCAAUGGAAGGUCGACAAAACCCAAUGGCGUCGCUCAACCGUCCCAACUGUCUCAACAAGCGCCUAUUGGCACACCCGCUUCGUACGAUCCCAAGGGAAAGGCCCCUGUGCGCCCCCACAGAGACGAGAAUCUUGACCUUGACGAUGGCUACGACAAUGGCACCACUGAAUCUUUCACCGGAAGAGACCGUGCUAUGUCGCCCGACGCUGCGCAAAGAGCACGAAGCCCAGCCCAGCAAUCACAACACACUGCUGGCAGUCGUGCCAUUUCCCCUGACCAGCAACAAGCUCAACAGCAGCCUAUGAUGUCCGUGGUGAAUGGCGUCACUGGGCGCUCUUCGCCUGCCGUGGCACACUCGGCUACUGGGCGUGCCUCCCCUCUCACUACAGGUCGAUCGUCACCUCUGACUACGAUGGGCAACGCUACUGGUCGCGCCUCUCCCGUCGUCGACAGGGCCAAACCUGCUCAACCUCCCGAAGGCUAUUACGCUCAACAGCAAAUUGCUCAGCAACAGAACGGUUACCCACGGCCCAUGUCCCGUGGCCAUGGAGGCAGCGGUUCCGUCGGAAAUGUGGCUGCAGACUUGAUCCGUGACCUCAAAGCGAAGGAUAUUGAGCUGGACGACAUGAAGAAGCAGAUCACUUGGUUGAAGACAGCCCUUUCAAAAGCUAGCAAGGCUGGAUUCGUUCCAGAGGAAGAUGAAGGUGCCGAAGUACCCCCACUCAACUCCCGAACGUCGCCAUUGGACGAGUCGAGCGAAGGGAAAUAUGCAGAGUUGGCCUUGCGGUUCAAGCAGUUCAAAGCGCAAGUUCAGGCGUCGAUGGUCGAGCAAGCCAGGCAAAUGUCGGAGAAGUUGGCGGAGGCCGAACGGGGGAAGACCACUGCUGCACAAGAAGCGGCCUGGUACCGUGCCAAACUAGCGGCUGUCGAGGCUGGUAACGAGAGCGAAUCCAGCCGCAUGGAACGUGACCGUAUCAUCGACCUCGAGCGGCAUUUGUCUGCUUUGAUGAACGAGCGAUGGAGCCAGGAUAGGAUGAUGAGGGAAAUGAGCGAUUCCUUGGCUCUACAAACUAUGCUUUACGAGCAAGCUGAAGCGCGAGCCAACGAGGCCGUCAAGCACAUCGAAAAGGCCGACGACUCUUACAACCGAACAGUCCAGAUGUACAACGAUUUGCUCGAUCAGCACGAUGCCCUCGAAGUCAAGCUUCGCGAAGCUACCGACCGACUACUGCAGCAGAGCUCACUAUUGGAACAACGAGAAGCCGACGAAGUCGGCUUACGGAGCCAAGUCGACGAGCUCCUACAAGCACGAGAUCAACACGUUCGGGCCCUCGAACAAGCACAAGCUGCUUUGGCGGCCUCUGCAUCUCGCACUGAAGAACUCGAUCUGCAACACACACGCGCCCAAGAACGUAUUCGCCUUCUUGAAGCAGAUUUGGCCGAGGCCAAGACCGACUUGGAAAAGAAGACGAUGGAGGAACAGAUGGCCAGGGAGCGAUUGACCGACGUCGAGAACGCCUGGGCCAAGUCUCGCGAAGAAGCCGACUCACUUCGGGCAUUGACCACUGGUGGUUUAGGCGAGCUACUCGACUCCCAUCGUGGGCUCAAGGCUGAUGAAGAGCGAAUGCUCCGCGGUCACUCUGAGAAACUGCAAGCUGUCGAGGCGGAGGCUCAACAAUUGCGCUUGUUACUUCGCGAAGCGAACAAGCGGGUGGACGAUGUCCAGGAGAAACUUAACGAGGAACGACGACGAGGCCACAACCACGAGCUCGAGCAAUGCCAACUUCGCGCUCAACUUGUGACUUUGCGCGCCCAGCUUACCCGCGCAUUCUCCGAAACCGGCAACCUGCGCAAGGAGCUCGCCGAGAAGGAGAAUGCCCUGCAGGAGAAGGGUAAGAGUCUCAACGACGCAAGCGUCAAACUCGCCGUCCUUCGCGGCUACGCCUCUGAGAACGGGGUCUCCGUGGAGGAGGACGACUUACGCCCCUCGUCACGUGCUAACGGUGCCGCUUCCCCUGUGGUCCAAGACCUGGAAUCCCGACUCGCUGAGAAGACUCGUCAACAUGAUAACCUCCAACGUGAACUUGUCCAGGUCAACAGGAAAUUCCGCGAUGCAGAAGCCCAGGUUACCGACCUUUCCAUUCAGCUCAACCAAGCCCGAUCAGGUCAAAGUCCAACGAACAACGGCGACGCUGACACUGAUGCUCGUGUGGCCGAGAUGGAGAAGAAGCUGGAGGAGACUGAGCGAACCUACAAGGACCGGCUGCAUCAGAUGGAGGAGGACUACCAGAUCGCUGUUCAUUACGUCAAGGGAACUGAGAAAAUGAUGCGCAAAAUGCGUGAUGAGCUGAACAAACAGAAGAACAUCAACCAGCAACUGCAGUCGGAGGCUGAAGGUCACAAACGCUCCGGGUCUAGGUCCGUGAACGGCCGCAACACUCCUUCUGAAGAUGACUCUGGACUCCGCGCACAACUGGUUGACACGCAACGUCAGGCCCAGCGUAUUCAGAACGAGAACAAGGAACUUCGUCUCCGCCUGGAAAGCCUGGAGAAGGACUUGUCCAACCUUCGCGAGUCCCUCGUUUCCUCGCAACGAGAGUCAGACGACCGAAUGCUCCAGAUCGAUGAGCUCAACCAUGAAGUCGAGCGACUUAAGGCUUCUCUGGUCAUUGCCCGUGGUGGUCACGACGAGACCCUUCUCGAGAAGCUGAGCAGCGAAAAUACUACCCUCCGUCGCGAAAACGAACAGUUACAACACAAGAUCCGUCUACUCCUAGAGGUUGACCAAUCGCCAUUCGGUCAACGACCCUUGUCGGGUGUUUCUGGACGCAGAGCAAGCACGUCAAGUUCAGAGAAUGCCCUCGCCUUUGAGCACCUAUCCAACGAACUCGAAGACUGGCAAAGGCAGCUGGCUAGCUCGAUGAGCACGCGCAGACCGCUGAGCGACUUCGACUCGACCCCAACAGGACCUGAGAGAGCCAGGUCUCCUCGGUCAUAACAUUCGUUCCUUUCAUCUAUGUAUAUCUUGUAUAUACCCCUUGUGCGCGUCGUUUUCAUACAUUCGUUUGGAUUUUGUCACAGUACAGUAUUUGCUCCUUUUACUCAUAUGCUUUGUCUUGGUAUUCACGUAGUCAUUUUCUCGUUCGUUCAAAAUUAUAUAGCUCAUGACUGUCACGCUCCAGAUAUUAUCCGUAUUUAUUAGCCUCAAAACCAUCGUU